CCGGCAACGACAAGAAGAAGAAGAAGGAGUUUGAUAAUAUUUACACUGGAAGAGGAGAAGAGGUGACAGCGCUCAGGAGCCUCUUUCUCAUGUUGUUCAUAAAGGACUGAAGUGUUUUUCCAUCAUGGACACUGUUGGUGACUUGGUGAAAGUUCUCCACACUGAAGCUAGUGGAUUUUCUGUGACGCUCAGUCUCUUCGUCAUUUUUCUAGGCCUGCUCUACUGGUAUUCAGUCUACCCGUUCUCAGUCCUCUCACGAUGUGGCAUCAGACACCCAAAGCCAGUGCCUUUCUUUGGCAACAUCUUCUUGUUUCGUGAGGGUUUUUUCAGACCUCUCAAUGACAUUAUAAAGACACAUGGGAGAGUGUGUGGAUAUUAUUUGGGGCGUAGACCAGUAGUGGUGGUAGCAGACCCUGAUAUGCUCAGACAAGUGAUGGUCAGAGACUUCAGUAGCUUCCCUAACAGAAUGACUUUACGCUUUGCCACCAAGCCCAUGACUGACUGUCUGCUCUUGUUGAAGAAUGAAAGGUGGAAGAGAGUGCGCAGCAUCCUGACUCCCUCCUUCAGUGCUGCCAAAAUGAAAGAAAUGGUGCCGCUUAUUAACACAGCCACGGAUGGCCUGAUGGACAAUCUAAACGUACAUGCUGAGUCAGGACAGGCCUUUGACAUCCACAGGUGUUUUGGCUGUUUUACCAUGGAUGUUAUUGCGAGUGUGGCAUUUGGCACUCAGGUGGACUCUCAGAACAACCCAGAUGACCCGUUCGUCCGCCACGCCCAAAUGUUCUUUACCUUUUCUUUCUUCAGGCCCAUCAUGUUGUUUUUCAUUGCUUUUCCCUCUAUCAUGGCUCCUGUGGCAAAGUUCAUCCCAAACAAAAGACGAGACCAGAUGAGUAACUUUUUCAUCAACAUCAUUCAUAAAAUCAUCAAACAGCGAGAAGAACAGCCUCCUGAUCAGAGGCGCAGAGACUUCCUUCAGCUGAUGUUAGAAGCUCGAACAAGUAAAGACUUUGUGUCUGUGGAGGACUUUGACACGGGAAGCCACGCUGACGAGGUUGUUCAUAGGAGCCAGCACACACACGCUCCAGCCUCAGAUCAAGAAAACGGCCACUCACACCCACAAGGGUCACCCGUCCGACGUCCACAGAAGAAGAUGAUGACUGAGGAUGAAAUUGUGGGUCAGGCUUUUGUGUUCCUCCUGGCAGGCUAUGAAACCAGCAGCAACACGCUAGCCUUCACCUGCUACCUACUGGCCAUCAACCCUGACUGUCAACGUAAGGUACAGGCGGAGGUGGAUGAUUUCUUCACCAGACACGAUUCACCCGACUACACAAAUGUCCAGGAGCUGAAGUAUUUGGACAUGGCUGUGUGUGAAGCGUUACGGCUCUAUCCUCCCGGAUUCAGGUAUGCGCGAGACAUUGACCAUGACUGUGUGGUAAAUGGCCACUCCUUUCCUAAAGGAGCCACAUUGGAAAUCCCAGCAGGUUUUCUCCAUUACGACCCAGAAUACUGGCCCGAGCCGGAGAAGUUCAUCCCUGAAAGGUUUACAGCUGAAGCCAGGGCUAGUCGCCAUCCCUUUGUGUACCUGCCGUUUGGGGCUGGACCCCGUAACUGUGUGGGAAUGAGGCUCGCCCAGCUGGAAAUCAGGAUGGCUUUGGUGACUCUGUUCAGCAGGUUCAGCGUUGUGGCGUGCUCCGAGACCAAGGUUCCUCUUGAGUUGAAGUCAUCAAGCACUCUUGGACCCAAAAAUGGCAUUUUUGUGAAAAUCACAAAAAGACACAUGGAAGAAAGACAACAGGAUUCUCCAUCAGAGAAUUAAAAGAUCCCUUCUAUUCCACUUAGAGGAAUCUUGUAAAACAUUACAAAGCAUCCUACUGAUUAUCUUGGGUUUUUCUUUACUUAAAACUAUAGUUACUUAUGAGUUGCAUUUCUUGAUUACUCUGCUCCUGUAAUGAGCUGGAAAGUAGCCUGAGCCAGUGAUUGUAUUGCUGCUAUAAUGAUAAAUGAUUGCAGCUCAAAUGAAGCUCAAAGAUGCUGUGUCUAAAUGCUCUUCACAUAUCUAGAGACACUGCUAUGAGAGAUUAGGGUUGCAGUCAAAACCUUAAUGAGAAAUAUCAUGAGGUGUUUAGUAAAAGAUAUGACUUUUUCUUUUUUUUACCAGGCCUAUUUGAGUGUGUGAAAGGAAAACCAGAAAGAGUGAGCCAAUUAUCGGAAUAAAACAAAACCUUUUGCAGCCUCCUAACGUGUAGCCAAAACAUGGAUUUUUUUAAAACAAGCUAAACAUGGUUGCUCAUUUGGAAAUGUUUAUUAUCCAAUAAUAACAAAGGUAGCUUUUAUUUAAAUUAUAAAAAUAUUGUUAUUUUUAUUGUUUGCACUUUACCACUAUUUUUUUUAUCAGUUUGUAUGUACAGCAAAUAGUUUAAAUUAUUUUACAUCUUCUAAAGUUACUGCAGCGAUAUGAGGAAUAUAUGACGAGACUAAAACUUUCUUCUGCUACUACAAUCAACCGAAUACGUUGUUACCUCAAUCUGAUUUGCAAGUUCUGUCAGGAAAUGAGCAGCUGCUCCUAUAACUUGUUUAACAAAGUAGAUUGAAUAUAACUGUUUCUCCCCUCAAACUUACAACCAACCAGCACAACUGAUCUGACGCUGGUUGUAAUAGAUGUUUCUACUUUACCAUGCAGCAGUUAUAUCCUCAUCACCCUGUUAUCUAUUACUUAAAAAAAAAAGCUUGUAGACAGCAAAUCAAACUUUUCUUUUUUCCCCAGAACGAUAUCUUUAAAUCUUAUUAUUCAUUAUAUAUAAUUUUCAGCGUGUCUUGAUGAAUUGUCAGCAAAUACCAGGCGUGCAGAAAUGUGAUUAACCAUCAAACAUUCACACAUUUGCAAUUCAAAUGAGCUGAACCAUGAGACUGGAGAAAUGUACAUAUAUUUGCAAGGCGGUAGACCAUCCGUUUGUCUUACGUGUUACCUACUGCGAGUUUUAAAAGGAAAGACAUCUCUCCAACAUUACUCAAGUUUGUCAGAAUAUAGGAAACCCAUCUUUUACUCCCACCUUCCUCAGUGUUUUGUCUACCUCUAAGACUAAACAGUUUUCUUUACCUCUCAGUGAAGUCAUUCAUUAUCAUUGAAGGAAACAGCUGCACCUUACAUAUCAUGAUUUCUCAUUUCUAUCCUGAAGGCUAUCCUGAACCAUUUUGAUACAGCAUUUAACUGAUAGUUGGGAGCAAUCGGAGAGUUUAAUUGUACAUAUGAGAGUGAUUUAAUUCAAAUGUAUCUAUGAAACAUAAACCAUAGCACUUGGGACUGUUUAAAUAAUGUACAUUUAAAAUAGGUGUUAUACCACAUGUAACAAAUUUUAUCUGACUUUAUUGAAAUAAAGAACUCAAGGAGG